AUGGAUCUCUUUAUUCCCUUUAAUUCUCCCUUAAUACACCUUCAAUCCAAGUAUAAAGACCAUUAUAAUGACGUUCAUUACCUUACAGAUGAUGCCAGGGGAAGGGCCUUGAAGGAUCUUGCUGAACGCCGUAUCCUCUUGGUAAGCUCAAGGACAGCUGGAUUUAUUGGCGGGGGAGAUGAAGUUAAAGAUGCAUUGUUGAAUGGUUUGCACAGUAAUGUAAAUCAGCUUGAAAAGCUUUUAAAAACAUCUUGCGGAGAUAAGGGGUGUAAUUGUAAUAUUAUGAAUUUCCGUGAUGGACCUCUCAAAAAUCUUCAAAAUAAAUUUAAUGAAGUUGAUAAAAUUGAAACAAAAAUUGAUAGCCUUAAAAAGCAAAAAGAUGAAAAAAGUGAGGCGUCCUUAGGGACGCCGUCCGACAGUGAUGCUGAGAUUAAGGAGCUUGAAAGGGAAAUUGAGCAAGAAAAAUUGAAGCUUGAAGAAAAAGAAAGAGAUCGUGAUGUGCAAAUUACUGCGCUUCAAACUCAAUUAAAAGAGCCUGAAAACAAAAUUUUGACUGAGAUUGACAGGCUUAAUGAGAAAAUUACUGAGCUCCAAAGGAAAAUUGAUGAGCAUAAAAAGACAGAAAAGGAUAAAAAUCCUGAUAAAAAAGUUGAAGAUAUCUCCAUUCCCUACAGUCUUUCUAGUCAGCUUGCAACUGAGCAGGCUAAAUUGCAGUCUCAUCAGGCUUCCUUGAAGUCUCUUCAAAGUCUUGAAAAGCUUAUUACAUUUCAUCAGAAUGUUCAAUCUAAAAAAGGUGAUGAAUGUAAAGAUAUUUUAAGCAAUCUGUGUACAGGUCUCCAAACAUUUUUAGGGUACGAUGAAACUUCCAAAGGCUACGAUGGCUCCGGCAUCGUCUACUCCGACCUUGACAGGCUGUGCGACGGGGUGAUGUCUUUCCUUCGUGGUGUUUUACAUAACAUUCAGCCUAAAUUAGGCUUACAUAGUAGUAAAAUAAAUAAUGCAAUUGAGUCUCUUAAGCUUCAUAAACACUCUGGUAAAGAUGGUUUUAAUGCUGCGAUUGGCGCAGUGGUGGAGGGGGUGAGGCAGUAUAAUGAGGGUGUGAGGGAGUCGAACAAAAAGGGACAAGUCGACGAAGGCUUCAAAAAUGCCGUAAGUUUUAUUUUACGUGAUAAUGUUGUUUCAGGUAAGAAGGUAGAGCCUACUGAAAAAGACGUCACGGAGGCCGAAAGGCAGAUUAAUCUCAAGCUGGAAGAGUGCAAGAAAUAUGCUGAGACAUUCAUCACUAACUUAGACACUUCACGUAGCCCACAUAAAGAAUCAAUUAACGACCUAAAUGCUAAUUUGCGUGAUAAGCUUGAGAACGUGCGUAGGACUGUGCAGUAUGAGAGUGCGCGGUUGGGGAGGGUGAAGGGGCAAGAGGAGAAGGUGUUGAAAGCAACGGAAGCGGAGAUAAAGAAAGUGUUGGAAGAGCUUCAGACAUGUGUCUGCAGUAAAAUUGAUACGCAGGUGAAAUUGCUUGUUAACAAGUUGAAGCAAGAGGUUACCGAAAUUUUGAAAAAGCUUAAGCAGAUUAACACUACCAUGCAAUCAUACGUUAAACAUUUAGGAGAGUGGAUUGAGAAGGCGGAUGAUGCAAUUGACAAGGCUUUAGAAAAGGUCCGGAAAAUAUUGGAGGACAUUGAUGAAACUUCUUUCUAUAAAUAUCCUUCUCAAAUCACCCAGGCAGCGCAACAGAUUGAAGCAUCAACCACCGUUCUUCAUGGGAAAUUUACAGAGUUGAAGGACAAGUAUGAGGAGGUUUAUACGAAGAUUAAGGGGGCGGAUGGAACUGGACAAGGUGAACAAGGCGGCGCGGUAGGAAAGCUUAAAGAGGUUAAAGGUAAAGUGAAUCCACCGCAAACGUUUGAUGGAUUUGACAAGAUGAAUGGUGAUUGGCCUCUAAAAUAUUCGAUUGUUUUCCUCACAACGCAAAUUGAAAGCAAUGUUAAGGGCUUUGUGGACGCAUUUAAGGACGCAUUGGUGGCGGGUAUUAAUAAGGCAGAGGUUAGUUAUGGCAGUGGUGUGUCAGUUGUUAGUAGACAGACGCCUGCUAUAGACGCCAUGGUUGGUAAGCUGGGUCAGAUGUUUAAGAAUAAGCUUGGUCAGGACUUCAAAGGGAAGUUAGUACCGCGACUCGAGGUGGCAAAAGGAGACCCCGGCCUUGCCAUCAAUCUAGAAAAUUUAUUAAAACAUCUGAAAGAUGGAAAGACACAUUGGAAUACCAUUACACCCCCCAAAGUCCGCGAGGAUAUUCUGUCGGAUCUCAAAAGUGACCUUGAGACACAUGCCACCGCCAUCAAAAAGCAGCUGGGAGAUCUCCUCAACGAGGCGGCCACUAAUGGUGUGACAAAUACGCAGAAGGCAGUCACUGAAAUCGUUCGUGAAAAUCUCGAGUCUAUUCAAAAGUUAAAUGGCGAUAUUGAAGGCACCGCAGAGUUGGAAAAAGUUGCGCUGCAAACACAUGCCCAGGAUGUAAUCAACAAACUCAAAGCUCUUUGCAAAGGUAUCAAGGAAGCUGCCGACACCGAUCCUAACAGUGCCAAAACGAAAAUAACUCUGCUGAAGGAAACGUACUUUAAGGAGUAUGACUCUACUAAAUCACAGGAGUCGAAGGAUAGCAUCAACAAAAUCCAUGCUGAACUUGGCCUUGUACGUAGCAAAAUACAGGCUGAGCCUAUUGCGGAGCUUGAGAAAUUCCUAAAAGACGCCGAAAUAACUGAAAAACGUUACGUCAAAGAACUCCAGCGACAAGUUACCUCCGAAAUAAAAUCCGCCCAAACCAAACUCACCACCCACGCGCGCAGGCAGUACGUCGAGGCCCUCAAGUUCCUACUCACCGAAUUUGCGACGAAGGUUGGAAACGAGCUAAAUGGAUUGCCGGACAAAAUUGCUGCAGACUUGGAUCAAGGCCACAAAAAAUUCAUGACGUUCCAUGACACUUUCCUUAACAAGCUCAAUGGUAUUAAAGAUAUUCCUCACAUAUCGCCCCCGGGAGAAAACUCUCCACUCAGCAAGGCGGUACUUAAAGUAAGAAAGGGCUUUGAAAACUUUUUUGAGAGUUUUCAAGAGCAAGAGGAGACUACAAAUUACAAAGCCCAAGUCCAACAUGUCUACGCCAAUAUAAAUAUCUUUAUGAAACAGCUUGCAGGUUCCCAACAUUUCGAUACUCUAUUCAGCUCUAAUGUCCAAGGCUUGCAGAACGUUCUUACUCACUUCAGCGCAGAAACGUUCAACGACGCCUCAAAGCCUCUGUUGUUACCGGUCAAACAUGGAUUACAAGAUUUUGCCAAGGUGUUAUCCAAGGCGUACCUAAACGUGUACGAGGGCUGCGAUCCUAUAAGUGAUUGGGUCGACGAGAAAAACAAAUUAACGCCUGAAGGAGAGAAGGGCGCUAAAAUAUUUUUGACAUUAUUAAGCAUCGUCUGCUCACCCCUAAUCAAGCUGUAUGGAGAGGUCAAUGCACCAGAUGGUAAAUGGAGAGACUACAGAAUAUACAAUCCAGAGAAUGCUCGUAUUAGCUUGCGUAGACACUUUUUCAUUAGGAACGGUUACGAUGUCGGCCAUACCAGCAAGGUGGACGGCGAACUGAAUCACAAGGCAGGCUUCACGGGUCAGAACAUUUUCCAGAAUCUUAAUGAAGCCAUAAACGGUGCAAGAUUCAACGAUCAUCUCACAAUAUGUGAGCCAAAUACUAAAGUAGAUAACUUUAACGUCAUGGACCUCCUUGACUGUCUUACCACUCACUUAAAUGAAUAUAUUGAGACUUGUCACAUUAAUCACAUUGCUACACCAAAAACACCUAGCAACAUAUACCAAAUGCUCUGCUGGGUCAAUGGCCUUUGGUAUAAUCCAGUACGUGACCCACUUUGUGAAUACCUUAAGACAUUGUUCGACAAACCUGAGGGGAAGAAGGAGAUGGAAUAUUACGAUUUUGCUCCUGACGACCUGACGAUGUCUGCUCAUCCAAGAAAUUUCUCAGCUGCGGACGUUCAUUAUGGGCUCCGCAUUGCUUGCGAACAAUCCCACAAUGUGCUCACUUCAAUCCUCGGCUUCGGCCACGCAAGUGGCAUAUACGCAGUUGACUGCGCUAACAACUCACUUAAUUUGCAUUAUCCCACAAACAUGACAUCAUUAAUAUGCUUGCUGUUAGAUAUCUUUAAACGCCUAUACCACCAGCUUUAUUUUGUGUUUAAACAGUGUGAGUAUAACCGUGACCUCAGUGGUUGGAGUGGUUGCCACUACGGCAGAGGCAUUGCUGGCUCCGGCUGGCAGUGCAAUGAGAAGCAAUGUCCUAACCAAACAUGUGACCAAAAGCAUGACCAAAUAUGCAACCAAAACUGUAACCAAAGUGUUAAGUGCGGCCUUAAGUCGCCGCUUCAGUCCUUCUUAGAGGACGGACUUCCUGCUUUUUUGCCACAUCAAGUGAAGUCUGAGAGAGGCAAACUUGAGUGCCUUCACUGA